CAUUAUGCCGAUAUCCCGGGUCCUAAUCAGUCAAAAGCGGCGCUAAUUUACAAAGAGUUACGAAAUAAUAUAAUUGAGAAUAUGUUCACAGAAUAUGAGAGGACGGGCUUUGUUUGGGAACAGUAUCACGAUAUGUCGGGCACUGGUCAACGUUCCCAUCCCUUUGUGGGCUGGUCUGGGGUUGUGGUGCUAAUGAUGUCCGAACACUAUUAA